UUCCAACGCAUUUGGCCCAUCAUAACAAUGACUUCUGCGCAUCCACUUGCCAGUCGACCCAGCAACAAUCACUCUUGAGCCUCGGAUGUCCAGCGCCCCACAUUCCUCCAUCGCCGAACUGCCCCUCCACGUGAACUUCCCCAAUUUCUCCCCCAUGUCAUUGCGACCAUGUCCGCGGAUUUCUGGGCCGGCUACGUCUCCGGUGCGGUGGGCAUCAUCAUCGGCAAUCCUCUCGACCUCGUGAAGACGCGCCUUCAAGCUGGGCCGAAACCUGCCCACGAUGCGAACACAGCUACAACCACAUCAGGAGCUGCGCCGCGGGGUUUCCGAGGGCAGUUUGAGAAUGCUGGAACAUUAGUGAGAGGCGCAACAGCACCCAUCCUCGGCUACGGCGCACUCAAUGCGCUCCUGUUCAUGACCUACAAUCGCACGCUCACAAUUCUCGGUGAAACGCCUGGUGACGCGAACUCGUUUGCGAAAGUUUUCCUUGCUGGUGCAACGGGUGGCUUUGCCUCCUUCGUUGUGUCUGCACCUACGGAGUUGAUAAAGUGCCGCGCGCAAGUAUCAACAGCGAGACAUGCAACCUCGUGGUCGAUAGCGAAGCAAAUAUGGACAAAGGACGGCAUUAGAGGGCUCUACUAUGGAGGUGGGAUAACCAGUAUACGUGAUGCAGUAGGCUACGGGUUUUACUUUUGGUCGUACGAGUGGAGCAAGCAAGUUUGGAGCUCACCCGAAGAUACCGAUAGGGAGACUGCCUUCAAAGUGCUGAUGUGCGGAGGCCUUGCUGGGGUCAUAACAUGGGCGUCUAUCUUCCCCUUGGAUGUGAUCAAGACAAGGGUACAGACGCAAGCGUUGCAGCCAGAGCCUGUCCGUAGAGGCGACCAGCAAACCCUACUCCACACUGAGGGACGAAGAACGCACCUGGGCGCGAUACAGAUUGCCAAACAUGCAUACCAGACGGAGGGUGCUAGCGUCUUCUUCAGAGGGCUAGGUAUCUGCAGCGUCCGAGCAUUCAUUGUCAAUGCCGUGCAAUGGGCAGUGUAUGAAUGGAUGAUGCGCCUGUUGCAACAACAGUAGACAGAGUUAUCUCGAUGUGUCAUCAUCACAGUUGCACAGUUCGGGUUGUAGAGAUAUUGCAAAAUCAGACUAACUCCAUAGUUCGCAUUUUAGAAUACAGUAAGAAAAUUUUGUCCUCCAAAUGAUCCAUAAGAAAGGCGCAGA